AUGUGUGUGAAGGAGAAGAAGCAGCAGGUCCUUCUGCCUUCCGAAGAACGCGCCAGGAGAACAUCAUCAGAGCCAUCAUCCUUUUGUAUGGUGGGCGAGACGGUGCAAUCACCGAUGUCACCACCUGAGGCCUGUGAUAGUGGCGAAGCCCUGGGAGCUCCCGAAGAGGAGUCCGGCUCCGCUCAGCUUCCAUCCGUGGGCUCAGCACAUCACAAACUGGGCAUUUGCCAACCCUGUGCCUGGUUUUGGAAGCCACAGGGAUGCCUAAAUGGAGCUGCAUGCUUGCGGUGCCACUUGUGCCCAGCCGGAGAGAUCAAGCGGCGUAAAGGCGAGCUCAAGCAGAAAAAGGUCCAAGCCGAUGCAGUUCUAGAAGGCCCAGAUACCACGCUGUGCGAUGGGGGCCCCACAGUUCCACCCCCAUCGUCAGCUCCUUGCCUUCACCUAACAACAGAAGGCUUGCCACCAGCACCUUCCUGGACAGCGUCUGAUCCGACUUCGCCCUCCUUGCCUUCGGUCGGCUCACGGCUGCAUGGCAGCGGCCAGUGCAAGCCUUGCGCGUGGUUCUGGAAAGCCGAGGGUUGCCGAAACGAAUCUGCCUGCGGCCACUGUCAUCUGUGCCCAAUGGGAGAGGCGAAAGCUCGGAAGCAGGCGAAGCUGGCAAUCAUCAGGUCGAAAGUCCAGGGUCAGACGGAAGGUAUCGCUCCCGACAAAGAGGGACAAUCAGAGCAAGUGCUCCACCCAUGCUUGGAGCCAUCCGAGAUCAAGCCCAUUGCAGUGCUCACGCCGGCUCCCACGUUGGUCUUGAACGUCUGUGAGGUGACGCCCUACCUUGGCCAUCUUCCACAACCGUUGCAGUCCUUGCCGUUGUACCCAACCCAGCCAGUAAACAUGCAGACACAGCCGCAGCCAGCCCAACAAGUCCAACAAAUUCAGCAAGUCCAACAUGCCCAAUCCAGCCCAUCUCUUCCACCCUGGUACUCUCCGAAUUCUGCGUGCUGCUCCUCGCUAAACCACUCCAGCCCGCCUGCAAGGCCUGUGCUUUUAGGCAACCCGCUGCCUUUCCAAUCUGCACAAAGCGUUGGAAAAGUUUGCAGCCGGUGUGGCUCUGAUGGCUGCAGGUGCUUUCCCUACGAAGCAGGGGAGCGCCGAUACGUGCCUGAAGUGCCCAUUCCAGGUAUCUUGCCCAGCGUGCCACUUUAUCACCAGCCAGUCCAUCACCCUCCGACACAAGUACUCCCAGCCCCUUUGCCGUUGCCCUCAGUUGGUUCUGCAUUGCACGCAGACGGGAAGUGCUCACCAUGUGCUUGGUUCUGGAAGCCGCAGGGUUGUCGGCACGGAGCCAGCUGUGGUCGAUGCCACUUGUGCCCCGCUGGCGAAAUCAAGCAGCGGAAGAAGAGCAAGGCCACCAAGGAGCCUGCAAAGAAUCCUGUGAGCUCUGAAUCUUCGCCGUUGAUCUUGGACUGA